AUGGUAAUUGCCGGGGCGGGGCCGGGCUUAAGUUUAAAAGGUUUUAACGGGUUCCAUUUUUGCGCCCACCGGUUUUUGCUUGCCAAGCUAAAUAAAUAUGGGGUAAAGCAUUUAAUUUCGAAAUUACUAUUUAACGGCGCUUUUAAAGCGGCCCGUUGCCGGUAUGGCUAUGUAAAAAGUUAUUGCGCCGUAUACCAAAGCCCCGUUUGGUUGGAAGUUACCGUUAUAUUGCCGAAUUGGAUUACGGGCGAAUUUUCGUUUUUGUUAAAAUGGAUUAAUUUGGUUUUGGUGCUAUUAAAUUUUAUGCCGUAUUUAAUUGCUUAUGCUUUGCAUUUCGGCCAAGCUGCUUUUAAAAACCGGGCCGUAUUUUUUGCGGUAUUUUUUAUUGCUAAUGGGUUGGUAUUAUCGGCAAAACCGGUAACGAAAAUCCUUGGGAUAUUUUUAAAAUUUUUAUAUAAUAAUGCAAUAUAUAUAAUAAAAAGUAUAAAAAAUAAGGGAAAGUUUUGGGGAAUUCCGGUUCGGAUUAAAAUUGGGUUAAAUUGUAAUAGCGAUGCGGUAACGCCGUGGUUUUAUGCUGCGAUUAUCGCUUCCAUUACUUUUUGGAUUGCUAACUCCGUGCUUUUAACCCCUUUUAAAAUUAAUAAUAACAAAGCGAUAGGCUUUUAUCCCCCGGUUUGUUUUUUUUUACAAUGGUUUUGCUUGGUUUGGGUAGUAUUACCGUAA